AUGGUAGGCAAGAAAUCUGGCAAGGCACUUCUGCGGGAGGAGGGCCUCGAACGAACCGACAAUGGCAUGAAGCAAUCCAGCUGGCCGGAUGUGCCCAUGGUCAACCAAAAGAACUACUACACAGAGUAUAUGAAGCGCGAUGACCAGAUCCUCCCCAUGCGCCUCCAGAAUGAGGCCAACCGAGAUAAAAUGAUUCGAAAUGCCAAAGACCGCGAUCGAGCACUUGCACGAACCGGCGAGACUGACGUUCCGAUUAUUACCAAUGCCGAGGGGGACCUAGAGGAUGAGGAUGAAGUAAAUGAUGGGCUUGAUCCUUCCAAGAUCAUUUGCAUUCAUAUUGGAAGUCAGAACCUCCGGAUAGGCUUUGCAAAUGAUGCUCUGCCUAAAACUGUACCAAUGGCAAUUGCCACCACAGCGAAAUUUACAGAGUCGGAGAGUGCGAAACCCAUUCCCAUACGUGAGGAUGCGGAUGAGAGUCCCGAAGAACAAUUUGGGGAGGAAUUUUCGAAGAAGUUUGUCAAGAUGUCGAAUGAACUAAAGACAGAUAUGCGAGCAAACAAGCGGAAGGUUCUGCCAAAUUCCAAGGAAUUGGUGGUCAAUUACAACCGGCGAACGGUUCCAGAAAAGAUCCCCGAACACAACGAUCCAAUUCGCAUCGAGUGGACCGAUAUCACAACCGUUGAUCUCAAAUCUCGGGCUUCGUUUUUUGCUGGCACACCGGCUCUGCGGAUACCGGAGGACUCAGAUCCUAAAUUUGCGCUUUCCUGGCCGAUUCGGCAUGGAUGGCUUCACGAGGCAGAUUACACAAGUCAAGAGGCUUUGUUUGAUGAUUUAGAGAGCAUUAUCGAGUAUGCUAUGCAAAACGAACUAGGCUUGAAGAAUCGCAACGAGUGGGAUCAAUACAAUUGUGUAUUUGUCAUCCCUGACCUAUACGACAAAAUAUACGUCCAGCGGCUGCUUGAAUUCGGUAUCAAGGAGAUUGAGUUCAAACAGGUGUCCUUUAUACAAGAAAGUCUUGCUGCGACAUAUGGAGCGGGUUACAGUAGCACGUGUGUGGUCGACAUUGGGGCUCAGAAGACCUCCAUCUGCUGCGUGGAAGAUGGUAUGUGUGUUGAGGACUCUCGCAUCAACCUCAAGUAUGGCGGUUUUGAUGUUACAGAGACUUUCAUAAGGAUGAUGCUAUAUGAUCACUUCCCUUACCAGGAUAUCAACCUCAUGCGGCGGUAUGAUUUCCUUCUUGCUGAGGAACUCAAGAUGAACUUUUGCACAAUGAACCAAUCGGAGAUUUCGCCACAACUUUACAACUUCCAUUUACGAGCACCAAGUCAAGCAACUCGAAAAUAUCAAUUCAAGACUUAUGAUGAAGUGAUCCUGGCCCCAAUGGGCUUCUUCGACCCAUCGAUAUUCGACAAUAGCGAAAAGCUAAAAGGUCGUCGAGAUCUGAUCAAGCGAUCUUACAACGCAUACGAGACCGAUGUACCUGAUGAUCCCACCUCGGCUGCCCAGCUAGCCAUACUGACGGGUAUCAAACCCUCACUAGCCACAACAGCAAAUAUCUUCACGACGAAUGGGAACGGCAACACCGAAUUCGCAACGCCAUCAAAAGAAAAACCAAAUCCCCUUAAUUUCCUCUCCCGCAUGGACAGCGAAGCAAAUGGCGUAACAUCAGCAGCAGGCUCCCCCGCCCCAGAAGGAGCCAAUACCCCCAUCCCCGCCGCGCCCUUCGUCUUCGGCGCCAAUGGCAACAGCGGCUCCCCAGGCCCCAACCCCCUCAAUGGCUCUCACAAUGGCGGCACACCUGUUCCCCCAGCAGGCAUGUUCGUCGACCAGUACGCACGCACACAAGAAGACCUUGCCAUCGAGCGCGAAUCCGUCUUACCCGUCGUACCCCUCGACACAGCAAUUAUUACCAGCAUCUCCAACGCCUCUCGAGGCGAAGACAAGAAAGCACGCGAUUUCUUCGGCGGGAUUAUGGUUAUCGGCGGCGGAGCCAAAACGCCUGGUCUUGGCGCCUUUCUUGAAGAUAAAUUAAGGAAGAAGCGUCCUGAUCUAGGCGAGAAGAUACUCGUUGGCACGAGUCCGAGGGAGAUGGACGGGCAGGUUGUUACGUGGAAGGGGGCGAGCAUCUUUGGGCGGCUGAAGACGCACGAGAGUUGGAUUGGGAAGCCAGAGUAUGAGAGGUUGGGGAGUAGGGUGUUGUAUCACAAAGUUUUAUGGAAUUAUUAA